AAAGCUUUUUAGAGCAAAAUCCAAGCCCCACUGUUCUUGCUGCUACUACAUGUAGUAACUUCGUUCUGCGCAAACCUUUUUUGUUACAAUUAAUUUCUCUCUUACAAUCUAAAAGUACUCGAGUAUUUGUUCAGCAUAAAAAAUCUUUACUAUUAAUAGUAGCAAGCUGAGGAAUAGGUUCGAUCCAUUCAACCCCACUCUAUCUUUGUACAACCUUUGCAAUCUUAUUUGAAGAGAAACGACUCUUUGACCAUGACCUCAUCAGGAGACAGCAUCAUAUAUGCGGGUAAGUGGACCAACGAAGAAGCAGAUUAUGUGGAUUGCUUGAUUAAAAACUUUGAAAAGGGCAACCUAGAGUUGCCUGAAGGAGCAACCUUGAGGAAAUACCUUGCCAAGAUGAUAGGCUGUCGUGUGAAGCGCAUCUCCAAGCGAUACGAGAGCUCAGGAUAUAAUGGCAGGCAGAAGUAUUCAAGAAACCACGAUGUGGACCCAGUCGAUUCCGCAAGAAUGACCAAGGAGCUAAAACACCUCCGUGUGACCUUCUUGGAGAGCCGCAAAACGAUCCUCAGGUUCAAUAACCGGACCAGGAGCACUGCAAGUCAAGCGGUUGCUGCUGCCCGUAACCAGAGGCUUGGCCAAAAUACUCCCAGCCAUCCUUUCAAUGGAGUAGAUGGCGUGAGUCAUGGUCGCACGAUCCAUUCCACCCUCCUUUCUGCGUCCUCUGUUUUGCCCAUUCCAAGUGGACAACCAGCUAUUCCCAAUGAGGUCCUCCUUCUGCUCAGGGGAAUCCGAUUGGCACCCAGCCUCCCAAACAACCUCCAGCAACUCAGGACCUCGUCGUCCUUGGGAGUGUCCAGCUCAACCACCCCCAGUUUCUUGACACCUACCUCAGCAGCAACCGCUGCUACCACUACAUCUUCUGUGUCCCACAUGUCGGGGCAUCUGGAGAUGCAGCUUGCCCUGGUGCAGAGGAGAUUGCAAGGAGAGGUCGCCGCAGCCCAGCAGCAGCAUCUCAGGCGAGAGUUGGUCCGUUCGAUCCUCUGUGCUGUUGCCACGUCCACGGGAAGCGGUGCCGGUGCUGCGAUGGGCCACAACCCGUAGGUGACACAAACCCCAUGGUUAUCAAACGGUUCCGUAGUCUUGGAGGGAAAGACAAGGGAAGAACAGAGAAGAAGUUGAAGCCAGCCCAUUGAACGGGCAGCCAUGAGGCUACAACCAGAACCAAGUAUUGCAUACUUAUACACAAACGUACAUAAACAGAAAGGCAAAUAUUGACAG